AUGCGGUUACAACCUUGUUUGACCCCAUCCGGUAUCAAGGCACAACUUAUUGCUCAUUCGAUAGGAAAUGCCUUUCAAAUGGCUUAUCUACAGUUUCUGCGCGCCAACGGGAUCGAGGAUCCAGCUGACCUUCAUCGGAUGGAUUAUCAGGACGUGCUUAAUCAGCAAGAGAUAUUCUGCGACGAGUUGAACAUGUUCUCCAACGAAGAACGGCAAAAGGAGUCGGAAAUUCAGUAUGAUGGAAGGACUUAUUCCCUAUUGGAGACGGAUGGCCGAUUUGGUGACAGAAAUCCUGGCAGUUGGUCCAUAGUGCCCUACUGUGCGUCUCAGAAGACUCUUGGAGGAGAUUUUAGUUAUUACCUCAUCUAG